CUUAUUGGAUUCCAGAUCAGUUCAAGGUGAACUUGGCUGGAUAGCGAGCCCCUUAGAGGGAGGGUGGGAGGAAGUCAGCAUUAUGGAUGAGAAAAAUACACCAAUCCGCACUUAUCAAGUCUGCAACGUAAUGGAACCAAGUCAGAACAACUGGUUACGGACUGAUUGGAUUCCCCGUGAAGGGGCUCAAAGGGUUUAUAUUGAAAUCAAGUUCACACUAAGAGACUGCAACAGCCUUCCUGGUGUUAUGGGAACUUGCAAGGAGACUUUUAACCUGUACUAUUAUGAAUCAAGCAAUGACAAGGAGCGUUUUAUUCGAGAAAGCCAGUUUGGUAAGAUUGACACCAUUGCUGCUGAUGAGAGUUUUACUCAGGUAGACAUUGGCGACAGGAUUAUGAAAUUAAACACAGAGAUACGUGAUGUGGGUCCAUUGAGCAAGAAAGGAUUUUAUCUGGCAUUCCAGGACGUAGGUGCUUGCAUAGCCCUGGUGUCUGUUCGUGUAUUCUACAAGAAAUGCCCCCUGACAGUCCGUAAUCUGGCUCAGUUUCCAGACACAAUCACAGGAGCUGAUACAUCUUCUUUGGUCGAGGUUCGUGGUUCAUGUGUCAACAACUCAGAAGAGAAGGAUGUGCCAAAAAUGUACUGUGGGGCAGAUGGUGAAUGGCUGGUACCCAUUGGCAACUGCCUGUGCAAUGCUGGGUAUGAAGAGCACAAUGGAGAAUGCCAAGCAUGCAAGAUUGGAUACCACAAAGCCUUCUCAACAGAUGUUGCCUGUGCCAAGUGCCCACCCCAUAGUUUCUCCAUCUGGGAAGGUUCUACUUCUUGCACCUGUGAUCCAGGCUUUUUCCGAGCAGAAAAUGAUGCUGCUUCCAUGCCCUGCACUCGCCCUCCAUCUGCUCCUGAGAACUUGAUUUCCAAUGUCAAUGAGACAUCAGUGAAUUUGGAAUGGAGUUCCCCCCAGAACAAAGGUGGCCGUGAAGAUGUCUCUUACAAUGUGGUCUGCAAGAGAUGUGGAGCUAGUGAUCUGAACCGCUGCCGGUCCUGUGGGAGUGGUGUUCAUUUCAGCCCUCAGCAGAAUGGUUUGAAGUCCACGAGGGUUUCCAUUACAGACCUUUUGGCACAUACUAAUUACACUUUUGAAAUCUGGGCAGUGAAUGGAGUAUCCAAGCAAAAUCCAAGCCAAGACCAAGCUGUGUCUGUCACUGUGACCACUAACCAAGCAGCUCCUUCUCAAAUUGCUUUGAUCCAAGCUAAGGAAAUAACAAGGCACAGUGUGGCAUUGGCUUGGCUGGAACCUGACCGGCCAAACGGAGUCAUCUUGGAAUAUGAAGUCAAAUACUACGAAAAGGACCAAAACGAGCGUAGCUAUCGCAUUGUGAAAACAGCAACCAGAAAUACCGAUAUCAAGGGCUUGAAUCCUUUAACUUCAUAUGUCUUUCAUGUGCGAGCAAGGACAGCAGCUGGAUAUGGAGACUUCAGUGGACCGUUUGAAUUCACAACCAACACAGUUCCUUCUCCCAUCAUUGGAGAAGGCACCAAUCCCACCGUUCUUCUGGUCUCAGUGGCUGGCAGUGUUGUCCUCGUGGUCAUUCUCAUUGCUGCCUUUGUCAUCAGUAGGAGGAAACAUCUGCCGCUACCUAGGAUUGAACUCUCAACCUUCCAAGUGGAAGGCGAGGAUCUUCACCACCAGGCCACCACGCCGCUCAUUUGUCUUAAAAAAAGGAGCAAAUACAGUAAAGCUAAGCAAGAAGCAGAUGAAGAGAAACAUUUAAAUCAAGGUGUCAGAACCUAUGUAGAUCCCUUUACCUAUGAGGAUCCCAACCAAGCUGUGCGGGAAUUUGCCAAAGAAAUUGAUGCCUCAUGUAUAAAGAUUGAAAAAGUCAUAGGUGUUGGUGAAUUUGGUGAAGUUUGCAGUGGCCGUCUCAAGGUUCCAGGGAAGAGGGAGAUCUGUGUGGCUAUUAAAACUCUGAAAGCUGGCUACACAGACAAACAAAGAAGGGACUUUUUGAGUGAGGCCAGCAUAAUGGGACAAUUUGAUCAUCCCAACAUCAUCCACUUGGAAGGAGUAGUCACUAAAUGUAAACCCGUCAUGAUUAUAACUGAGUACAUGGAGAAUGGUUCUUUGGAUGCCUUUCUCAGGAACGAUGGCAGAUUUACUGUAAUCCAGUUGGUAGGAAUGCUCAGAGGAAUUGGUUCUGGAAUGAAGUAUUUGUCUGACAUGAGCUAUGUUCAUAGAGAUCUAGCUGCUCGAAACAUACUAGUUAACAGCAACUUGGUCUGUAAAGUUUCUGAUUUUGGUAUGUCCCGGGUUCUAGAAGAUGAUCCUGAAGCAGCCUACACGACUAGGAGCCAUUUGGAGCUGAGCAGCAUUCAAACUAUAGGUGGUAAGAUUCCUAUCAGAUGGACUGCCCCAGAAGCAAUUGCCUAUCGUAAAUUUACAUCGGCUAGUGAUGUCUGGAGCUAUGGAAUUGUCAUGUGGGAAGUGAUGUCAUAUGGAGAGAGGCCUUAUUGGGAUAUGUCCAAUCAAGAUGUUAUUAAAGCCAUUGAAGAAGGCUAUCGUCUUCCACCCCCAAUGGACUGCCCCAUCGCUCUACAUCAAUUAAUGCUGGAUUGCUGGCAGAAAGAACGUAGUGAUAGACCUAAAUUUGGACAGAUUGUCAACAUGUUAGACAAACUCAUCCGCAAUCCCAAUAGCUUGAAGAGGACAGGCUCAGAAAACUCCAGGCCUAAUACUGCUUUGCUGGAUCCAAGUUCUCCUGAAUUCUCAAGUGUAGUUUCUGUUGGUGAUUGGCUUCAGGCUAUUAAAAUGGAACGAUAUAAGGAUAACUUCACAGCUGCCAGCUAUACUACCUUAGAGGCUGUGGUGCAUAUGAACCAGGAUGACCUGGCAAGAAUCGGAAUUACUGCCAUUGCACACCAGAAUAAGAUUUUGAACAGCGUCCAAGCAAUGAGGACCCAAAUGCAACAAAUGCACGGCAGAAUGGUUCCAGUUUGAGACAGUACUGAAUAAACUCUAAACUCUUGAAAUUAGUUUACCUCAUCCAUGCACUUUAAUUGAAGAACUGCACUUUUUUACUUCUUCUCCUUGCCAUUGAAAUAACAAUAAUAAUGAUUUGCAGCACUGUUUGAUAUAUAAAGUUUGCUAAUAGUGUUGCAAGGAGGGAACCUACAAUAAUGACAGGUCGUCAUUUGAGAACAAGCCUGGAACAAAUUGUUUCCUGGAAUAUACUUAUAUGUGGAUCAGCAUUAUGUAAUAUACUUGUAUCUAUAAAACAUCCAUUCAAGUUCUGAAGCUGUGUUUCCUGCCAGAUACUGCGGUUAAACAAAGGAAAUACUGUUGUUCUCCCCAGCAGCCAUGGGAUUACAAUUAUUGUGUUUGAUCUGUGGAUAAACCAUUUUUCCCCCUUCAUCUUUUAUUGGAACAAAGAAUCUUCUGAACCAGGAAAUGUUGGCAUAUUCUAGGCAUCCAUGGUACUCUGCAGAAAGCUUAAAGGAAAAUAUUUGGAUGAUCAGUGCCUCUCAAGAUUUAUCCACUUGCAAUCUAAGACAGGGAGCAACCUUCAUGGAUUACUGGAUUUAUUUAUUUUCUUUUAUCGAGGGAAGAAUGUUGGUUGCUGUUGCAUUAUACUGAGUAUAUCUGUCAUGGUUCUAGAAAUCAUCUUAGUAGACAGCCAUUCUUAAUGAUGGAUUUUUCAAAUCUGCAUCUAACCGUCCUUCAAGAGGCCACUGCAAUACUGAAAAGGCAAAAUGGACCCUGCUUUCUUGGAAUCAGGCCUUUCUGGUGAUCAUCUUAACCCUGGAAGAUAACAGACUAGAGACAAGCACCUUCAAUUGUCUCAGUUCAUUCAGCACUGACUGUAGAGAAAAUGGACCGUGAAUAAGCAGCUUUUACUUCCUGAAGAGUAUCUCUUUGGAUUUCUUCCUUUUGAAAAGGUUUUCUCAGCAACAAAAAGCAAAUAUAAGAUCCAGAUAAAGUUCUUUUAUUUCCACUUAAGGAAUGUACUGUAUAAAAGCCCUACAGACAUACAUACACAUGCACCACGCAUAAACACACACACACACAGAAACCCCUAGAUGCUGUGUCUUUUUUUUCUCCAAUGCAUGUUGUUGCUAUGUCUCUCCAAAUGUCAGUGUCGGAGCCAUAAGGACACCAAGGCAAUGUACCCCUGUGCAGAACUUGGUUAACAAAAGCUGAAACUGCAUAUGAUAGUCCAGCGAUACUUUAUGGAAAGUGUGCCAAUGCUUAAAUGUCAAUAUUUUUAAUAGAAUGGAAAGUAACUUAUUUCUUCCAAGAUUGUGUAAGGUUAUGUAUGACUUUAAUGUGUGUGUGUGUGUGUGUGUGCGUGUGUGUGUGUGCGUGCAUGCAUGCAUGCACAUGUAAUAGGUUUGUUGCCUGUUGCACAGGGCCACCUGUGAAUAUGCAGAUAGCAUCUCAAGAUAAUUUGACAGUUUGUGGCUGGGCUGUUGAGUUACCGGGCCAGUAGGUGAGCUAUGCAACAGUAGGGAGAAAACACACAUACUCCUGAAUGUUCCAGUUCUGUAUCUAUACAUAUUUUAUGUAGCUGCCACACUAACCUUAAAAAUUAGUUCUCUAGCCUAGAGCAGGGACACUUUCACUUUGGUUGUGGAGUGAUCCAUCAUGAGUUCCAUUAUGGCUAAAGAACAGCAUUGAUAAACAUUAGUCUUGCCAAGGCUGUUCAUUAUUGAAUCAGUGAUACCUUAAGGUAAAGUAGAUAGAGAAUAUAAGUCUUCACCCAUCAGCAGGUUGCUUUGAACUGAACAAUUUUUUUUCUUUUCCUGGAAAAACAGUAUUGAAAAGACUUGUUGAAAAUGAACAGAAUUAUGCAAUCCUUAUCCAUUCACAGUAAUGAAUUAUCCCAUGUGUCAUUUGCAAGAAUUUCUGGGCUUAUAAACUGACUGUGGAGCAAAUUAUUAAUUCUCCCCCAUCCAGCUGAAUAUGAAAACAUUUUAAAUGAUCAAAACACAUUUAAAAUUUGAAAAAAAGUGACCAGGGUAUUUUCUCUGCAUUGCUACAAUAAUCUUUGUCAUAAUUGGUCCUUCCUAGAAAGGUUGACAGACCAUGGAGACUUUUCUUUUUCUAUAUAUAUAUAUAUCGAUUUUGGAAGCUGAUGAAUGGAGACAACCUGGAGACUAUACUGCCAUUCCAUAUUUUGAGCUCAGCCAUUGAUGUAUUUGAUCUGUUUUCUGGUUGCAGAAUAGUUUUCUCUGCUGAAAUACAAUGCAUUACAGCAAGUUGAAACAGAAUAGUCAAACCGACAUUACUAAGCGAGAAAAAAUAAAAUAAAAGAAUGUGUAAAUUUUGCAUUAAAAUUUUCUAGCAUUUUUGGGAUUUUUUAUCAAAACAUCUUUGCCUUUUCUCCUUCCAUCCCUACAGUUCUCUCUACCCUCUCCCAUUUUUGUUGUAUUCAUGGAUGCAAAGUCUAAAACCAAUUUUUGGGGCUCAGGUAUUUGUGCUGUUGGCAAUAAAGAGGCAUGAAACACUAUUAAGGAGCCAUGAGCUGCAUGGACUGCAAAGCCAGGACAUAAUUGCAAUCAAAUAUACUAAACAAUACACAUUGCCCAGUAAAAGCCAGAAUGCUGUAUAGAACUGGCCUUCAUUUCUUCCUGGUUACAGAAGAGACAUCAACAGGACUAUUUUAACACAGCAAACCUCUAUACAUUAAGGAAAUAUCUGCUUACAACCUCACUGGUUAAUGUUUGUCCAGGUUUCUUGCUGUAUUAAAUUUGUGAUGGAUUUGUGUAUUAAAUAUAUAAAUAUAUAUAUGUAUAAAACAAAAAAGCUGGUUCUAGCCAGUAACCAGAACUUCAAAGCAGUAUUUUUCUUUUACAUGCAUUUUCAUAACCAGAAAGAAAGCAUCCUGAAUAUUAAUUAGACAGAUUAAGAAGUUAAAAAAAAGAGAGUGCAUUUAUUUUUUGUAUCACUGCAAAUAUGUUGGAAUAUGCAAGGACUGUUUUAAAAAAAUAGAAUGUAUGAGGCAUAUGAUACUUUAGUCCAUACUGGGGAAAAAAGAAAUCUUAACAGUGCAUUGCUUGGGUUUGCAGAUUUGAACAAUGUCUCAGAUAGAAAUAUAGAUUUUCUAUUUUAUUUUAAUUUGUAAUUUUUCCCUCUCCAUCAAUGUUAGGUACACAUAACUUAUGUCAUUUAUUUAUGGUCUUUUAUACCUAGUUUGUAAAAUUGUAAAAUAGCAAACUAAAUGCAAAAGUUUGCAUUUGAAAAUAAUAAAGUAGUUGCUGUACAAAUCUCACUUGUGAUUCAUGAUAUUAAAUAUAGUAAGCUUUAACUUGGUUAUUUACAGAUAUAUAUUUCUCAUUAUUAUAUGUGUUUCCAUCUAGAAUAUUUUAUUAAACAGUUUGUCUGAAUAAACA